AUGGCAUUCCCUCCUACAGAGAUAACAGAAAUUGUUCAAGAAAUAGCAUCGAUUCUACGAUCCAAAGAACAAACAUUGGCAGUUUCCGAAGCUGCUUGUGGUGGAUUAAUAUCAGCCUACAUAGUUUCAGUCCCCGGUGCAUCGGAUUUCUACAUUGGUGGUAAACUAUUGUACUCGUUGAAACAAAGAUUGAAGCUUUCAGGAUGGACAGAGGAAGAGAUAUCAAACUAUAUGGGUCCCAGUGAACAGGUGGCUUUGAAAUUGGCACGAACAGCUAGGUAUGAAUUGGGGUCCACUUAUGUGCUUUCUGAAACUGGAUUUGCUGGGCCCUCAACUGAUUUGCAUUUAUCUAAUAGACAAAAUGAGGUGGAAGAAAGUGUAGCAAAUGAUGCAAAGAGCGAGAGUGGCGGUAGUAAUAGAGUUGUACCUCAUGUGGGUACGGUAUUUCUUGGAUUUACAGGUCCCAACGGUGACUCUUCUACGGAAAGAGAGUUUGGUAAUCAAGAGAGGUCAAAAAAUAUGAGUGAUUUUGCUAAAUUUGCUUUGGAGUUUUUGUUGGAUCAAUUGCGAAAGUAG